CUAGUAUUAGAACGGCAGAAUCCCGCAAAUAAAACAGAAUUUUCCAUGUUUCAUUUCUUUGCUUCUUCCCUCGUUUAGACCGUCGCCUAAGCAUUCCACAUGCCUAACCUUGGAAAACCAUAAUUAUCAUCUUCUAUACAAGUCCCAACCGCCAGUUACAUUAAGAUGAAGUAAUGAAGAACGUUCCGAGAAACAAGUUCUUGCUCUGUUUUAGACCCGUUGCUGAUAUGGACUUGAUGCUCGAGUCCAACGCUCUUGUGGUUGAUCGUUCCCAAAAUCAUCAGGCCUUAACGUAUGUUGGCGUUAACAAGAAGGAGGAUAUGAAGCCUUCAGCGACGCAGUCCUCUGUUUCUGAUACAAAAGAUUCGAUCAGGAUUCAUCGUCCAGGAAAGAAAACAUUUUCCCAGGUGAUCAAAGCUGUUGUCUUCGAGAUCGUACUGGAUAGGAGGGUUCGACGUAGAAAAGGUAUUGAUCAAGAAUCAUAUUCAUCAAAGCACAAUUUCCCAUUAAGCAGCCGUGACAAGUUGUUGGAUUCAAGUUUUGAUGAAUCGGUAAACAAGGUUUCUGCUGGAAAAGGAACUGUUUGCAGGUCCAACUCAGUCUCAUCAGGAUCAUCUUGUUCUUCUUCAUCAUCAUCAUCAUCCUCUUCCCCAAAUUCAACUCUAAAAGCAAAGAGACAACAGCUGCAAAACAGCUACAAUACUUACAGCAACCAUCAAGAAGAUGAAAAGAAGACAAAAGAAGAAGGAACAGAUAGGGGUUCAUGUUCAAACAAUGCCAUAUUUUUGCUUCUCAUUAGUCUGGCGGUGACAAUCUUCUGUGGCAAAUUUUGUGCCAUACUUUUCACAUCAAUUUGGCUAUACUUUUUUCCUCAACAACAACCUACAGGAGUUAUUGGAAACCUGGAAAACAAUAAAAGAAGGCCGGAAAAGAAGUCAAGAGCUUACAAAAAGAAGGUCAUUAUGGAAGGGCUACUCGAACGCAACCACAACAGAGGGGCAUUAAAUUUUUGACGUGAAAAUUUUCUUUUUCGUGUCUGAUGCAAAUAGUCUCUCUGUGAUUUAUCUGAUUACUUGUAGGCUACAACUUUAAUGGUACAUUAAAGUUCAAUCAGACGCAAGAGACAAGCCCAGUUUCUUGUGCAGGAUUUUAUUUUAGUUUUUUCUUAU